AUGGCUGAGCAACUGAUUCUCAAGGGCACCCUUGAGGGCCACAACGGCUGGGUCACCUCUUUGGCCACCUCGAUCGAGAACCCCAACAUGCUUCUCUCCGCCUCUCGCGACAAGACCCUCAUCAUCUGGAACCUGACCCGCGACGAGACCCAAUACGGCUACCCCAAGCGAAGCCUCCACGGUCACUCCCACAUCGUCUCCGACUGUGUCAUCUCCUCCGAUGGUGCCUAUGCCCUCUCCGCCUCUUGGGACAAGACUCUCCGUCUUUGGGAGCUCGCUACCGGUACCACCACCCGCCGAUUCGUCGGCCACAACAGCGACGUUCUCUCCGUCUCUUUCUCUGCCGACAACCGCCAGAUUGUUUCCGGUGCCCGUGACCGAACCAUCAAGCUCUGGAACACCCUCGGUGACUGCAAGUACACCAUCUCCGAUAAGGGCCACACCGACUGGGUCUCUUGCGUUCGCUUCAGCCCUAACCCCCAGAACCCCGUGAUUGUCUCCUCCGGCUGGGACAAGCUUGUCAAGGUUUGGGAGCUUUCCACCUGCAAGCUCCAGACCGACCACAUCGGCCACACCGGUUACAUCAACACCGUCACCAUUUCUCCCGAUGGCUCUCUCUGCGCUUCCGGUGGCAAGGACGAUCCACGCUCUCGUCUUCUCCCCAACCGCUACUGGCUCUGCGCUGCUACCGCCAGCAGCAUCAUCAUCUUCGAUCUCGAGAAGAAGAGCAAGGUUGAUGAGCUCAAGCCCGAGUUCACCGCUGUCGGCAAGAAGAGCCGUGAGCCCGAGUGUGUCAGCCUUGCGUGGAGCGCCGACGGCCAGACCCUCUUCGCCGGUUACACGGACAACAUCAUCCGUGCUUGGGGCGUCAUCAGCCUCGAGGACUUUGUGAAAGAGUUGAGACAAUGCAAGAAGAAGACGAUGAAUCCCGAGGGUCUUAAAGCGCCUUGCCCUACAUCCAGGAGAGACCCGGAGAUUGGGGCAGCCCUGAGCACUGCUCAGGGCCUUCGUCGGUUUGCAACGAGCUCGGAUGUCUUGACGAACGCUGUCCGAGCUGAGGCGCCUCGCCAUGACUGGAGCAAGGAGCAGAUUUCAGCCAUCUACCACACCCCGCUGAUGCAACUUGUUUACGAAUCGGCUACCGUGCACCGCAAGUUCCACGACCCCGCGGCGGUGCAGAUGUGUACGCUCAUGAACAUCAAGACUGGAGGUUGCAGCGAAAACUGCUCCUACUGUGCUCAGUCAUCCCGGUAUUCUACGGGACUCAAGGCCACCAAGCUCAGCACCGUCGACUCCGUGCUAGAGGCCGCCCGAAUCGCCAAGGAAAACGGCAGCAGCCGGUUUUGCAUGGGCGCCGCGUGGAGAGACAUGCGCGGCCGCAAGUCCAACCUGCGUAACAUCGUCGAGAUGGUCAAGGGCGUCAAGGCCCUGGGAAUGGAAGCGUGCGUGACGCUGGGCAUGCUCGACGGAAAUCAGGCAAAGGAGCUCGCCGAUGCGGGGCUCACGGCAUACAACCACAACCUCGACACCUCUCGAGAGCACUACCCCAACGUCAUCACGUCGAGGAGCUACGAUGAGCGAUUGCAAACGAUAGAACACGUCCGAAACGCCGGGAUCAACGUAUGCACGGGAGGCAUCCUCGGUCUCGGUGAGAAGCACGAAGACAGAAUCGGCCUCAUCUACGAAGUGGCAACGAUGCCGAAACACCCCGAGUCCUUCCCCGUCAACACCCUCGUAGCCAUCAAGGGCACGCCGCUCGAAGGCACAAAGGCGGUCGAGUUCGACUCGGUGGUACGUACGAUAGCCACAGCUAGAUUAGUCAUGCCGGGUACCAUCAUCAGGUUAGCCGCCGGGCGCAUCACGAUGACGGAAGAGAAGCAGGCCAUGUGCUUCCUCGCGGGAGCGAAUGCCAUCUUCACCGGCGAGAGGAUGUUGACCACUGCCUGCAGUGGAUGGGACGAAGAUAAGGCGCUGUUUAAGAAAUGGGGUCUGAGGCCCAUGGAGACGGAAGUCGUGUUGCAAGAAGAGGCUUGGGUGGAGGAGGAGGAGAGGCGUGUUAACUCUGGAUGA